AUGGUUACAACAACAAUCGAAACAACUGUUGUUUCACCAUCAGAACCUACUUCUCCACCACCUACAUCUCUUACUCCACCAUCAUCUACUACAACAUUUUCUCCUAAUUUUACUGGAGUAAUGCAAGAACCUAUUGCUACUCUUUUCUCAUUUCAAUCAACCGAACCUGAGAAGACCAUUCAUGCAGCUGAAGCAGAUGAUGAUGAUGUUAUGGUUCCGUUCACUGAGUUGCAGUUCAACCCUAAAGAAGAAGAUAUACCUAAUGAGUUCAUUUCAGGGGGAGAUAGAGGUGUUAGUGUUGGUUCAUCUAAGGGAUCUGGUGAAGAUACAAGAGCGGUUGUGGGGAAAGUUACAUCUAUGAAAAAUCCAACAACAAUUCCAAUGAACCCCAUUAUCACAUCAUCAACAACAACCACUACAACAGGGAAUCUUUCACAAGGAAAUGUUGAUCAGUCGAAAGUUCAGAACUAA